GGUAGGUAUGUAUGUAUAAUCUCAAUUGACGUACCUAGAUUAGGUACGAUAGUAUGGGCUAGCAUUGGCCUCUCAUUGGUUCAUAGCGCUAGCGGUACCUGGUACGCCGUUAUGCUUGCUGAGCAAUCUGGCAAGGGUUCCUUUUGCGACCUGCAAUCUAAUACAUCAACCUUCGCCAACUCGACCUCCAUUUCUCCUUACUUAGCCUCACUAUUCUGGUCUUGUUCGCGCAAUACCUAGGUAGCAAGCCGAAAUGGCGAAGCCUAUAGAAAUCGAGUCAUCCGAGCACUUCAGCUCUGUGCUGAGGGAGUCCCGCGUCGUGGUCGCAGAUUUCUACGCAAACUGGUGCGGCCCAUGCAAACAGAUCGCUCCCUUUUAUGAACAGUUGUCACAGUCGAUAUCGAAGCCGAAAGCCAUCACAUUCGUCAAGAUCAACGCUGACGCCCAAAAGCCCUUGGCUGCGGAAUUCGCCGUUUCAAGUCUCCCUACUUUUAUCCUCUUCCGUGAUGGCUCUAUUGUCGAGAAGGUGAAGGGGGCCGACCCGCAAGGCCUCCGUUCACUUAUAGAAAAGCUGGCGAGCGAUACCAAGUCGGGUGACGCAGGUAGCAGUGCCUCCGGCUCAGGCUCAGGCGGUGGCCUCACAUGGAGAGGAGCUGAUCUUCCGCGGGGCUACACCGACAUCUCUGAUGUAGUCGAUGUUCGCGGGCUAGAGCUAUUGAACGCGGAUACGGACUUUUCCGUCCGCACACUGUUCAACAAGAGCAAGCCGUCUGCUCUAGACAAAGGUUCCAAGACAAAUGAUGAGAAGGACUGGGUCGAGAGUGACACGGACGAGCAAUUGUUGCUAUUCACGCCAUUCAACUCAGCCGUUAAGCUCCACACAAUACAGCUUACCUCCCUUCCCCCAACGGAAGAAGCCGAAGAAGGCGACGACGAUGAGGAGCCGCCGAUGAGACCAAGUACCAUCAAGUUAUUCACGAACCGUCCCCACAAUCUUGGCUUCGAUGAGGCGGAAGAGAUCGACGCAACUCAGACUAUCGAGAUUGGUGAGGACGACUGGAACUCGAACGGCACUGUCAACUUGCCUCUACGCUUCGUCCGUUUCCAGAAUAUUACCAGCCUCGUUAUUUUUGUUGUGGACGGCGAUGGUGACGGUGACAAGGUGCGAUUGGACCGUGUGCGCCUCAUUGGCGAAUCGGGAGAAAAACGGGAAAUGGGAAAGCUGGAAAAGAUUGGAGAUGAGCCGGGGGAGUGAACAGCACUGUCAAUAUUAAGCGAAUUAAGCACCACGCUACCAGCCGUCUCUUACGGCGGGCUGUACUUAGAUAGCUCCGUCGGCCGGUAUCACACAUAUAUAGAACGUAGACCAAAGUCGAGAGCCUUUGAUGUGGGAGCGAAGCUCCGAUGAUAUGACGCCUCAACAUAUGGCUUACAGAAUGCUGAGAUAGAUUUACGAGAUGCAUAGGCAGAGUCUACGGUGUGGAUCUGCAGCACAUCUUCGACUUACGAAUACUGCCGUGGAAUGGGAAAAAAUCAUACCAUCCCAACC